AUGGGUCAUCCCAUUAGCGAACAGGUUUCCGGAUCACGUCUUCUCCUUCAGCCCGCUAACUCACCCCUGACCCCGUUAACUUUGGACAUCACAACUCCUUCCGAUUUUAUAUAUACGCUGAACUUUGUGACUCCUCGCUGGCACCACUUUCUUAGUUCUUUAAAGCCAAUUGGUCUAAGUCUCUUGCUAAACAACUGCCAGCAGCAUACACGCGAGCAUUACAUCGAGUUUGCAGACCAUCUAGUGGCCAUGACCACUUCACUGCGCCAACGAACAGUCGAUACGAUCUCUGUCGCUGGCCCCAAUGACUCCACCAGCCGAACAAAUCUAGCGCCGGUUGAUGGUACAGGAGAGACCGUGGCUGUGGUGAAUAGCCGUUGUUUAUGUGGCCUUGCCUACAAGGUAGGUUUUCAGCGGACAGUGUUGGACCUGUUCUCCUUCGUGGCCAGCGUGGGCAUAUUCAAACCGAUCGAACAGCCGUUGGUUGGGCAGCAGGCCUUUCGUCCGCCAUCGGGAACAUUUACUGACUGUGUCGAGUUCUGUUCCAAUUUCCGUGCCUCUGAGUGUUCGCACGCCAAAGAUGGGACUCGUGCUUUGCAUAUCCAGGAGGCCUAUGCUUGUGCUCCAAAGGUGACAUUUUGCUAA